CGUGAAAGUGAUACCAUUCGAAAACGCUUCCUUGCUUUAUUCGGACCUGUCACUUUUGUUUUAUCAUCAUACGGGCGUUUCGUCGACUCAUUACCCCGCUGUGCCGGUUCUCUUCCCUGUCACGGACGAUCCACACCGCAAACAUGUCUCUCCCUGAUAUUACGAAGCAUGUCGGAGAAUUGGCAUGUCAGAAGGACAGUUACCUAAAGUCUAUCGUGACCAAGGUCGUGCGCUGCGAGAAAGUCGUGCCCGCGGCUACGAACGGCAAAAAGAAGAAGGGCGCGGCGCCUGAAUCUGAGAAGAAGGAUGCUUGGGAGGUUGAGCUCCUCGAUACAGUAAUCUUCCCUGAAGGCGGAGGACAACUCCACGAUACCGGCAGUCUUACCCCGACAAUACCAGAUGCCACGGCCGUCCACGUCUCAAACUGUCAACGCCGCCUUCUUUCCUGCAUCCAUACCACCUCCGCUCCCCUUGAUCCCUCCACUGAAGUCCGUGUCAAUGUCGACUGGCCCCGCCGCUUCGACAACAUGCAACAACACUCCGGCCAACACCUUGUCUCCGCCGUUCUCGACCUCCCACCUUACCAGCUCGAGACCCUAUCAUGGGGCAUGAACGCAACCGAAGCUUACGUCGAGAUCGGGCGGAAGCUAAGUGAGGAGGAGUUACAGGCCUUGGAGGAUAGGUGCAAUGAGCUUAUCAGGGAGGAUUUGAAGGUUGUGGUGCAUACGAGUAACCGCGUUGACGACCAAGGGAAUUUGCCUGCGGAUUAUGAUCCGGAGAAGGGAACGGUUCGCGUCGUGUGUAUCGGAGACCUCGACCGGAACCCAUGCUGCGGAACCCACGUCUCCAAGACUUCGCAGUUGAACGCAAUCAGCAUACUCUACACAACCCCCUCCCGCGGUCUCAACACCAAAAUCAACUUUGUCGUCGGCGAUCGCGUUCGCCGUACCGCCAAGCAGUCCGUCGGGCGACUCCGCAAGCUCGGCAACAAGCUUUCCUCCCAGAUCGACGAAAUCACGGACAAAGUCGACAAACUCAUGGACGACAAGAAAGACACCGAAAAGCGCGAAAAGACGUGGCGCCAACUCGCCGCCCGCUUCGAAGCCGAAAAAGCCCGUGCUGCUCUCGCUUCUCACGGAAAAGCAUUCAUCCACGCUUCCGAGGGCGGCAUCCCUCACCUUUCGGAAAUCGCCGCCGAAAUCGGAGAGGCAAGAGACACGGGUGUCGUCCUCCUCGUUUGCGGUGACGAUACUAACGAAAACGACGGUGGACCUGUUAUGGUUACGGGUGAGGAGAGUAAGGUCAAGGAGUUGGCUGCGGAGGUGCAAAAGGCGUUACCGGAUGUUAGGGGUGGAGGAAAGGCUAGGUGGCAGGGGAAGGUUGGGAAGUGGUGGCCUGGAGAUGUGGAGAAGUUGAGGAAGUUGGUGGAGGGUGAUGCACAUGAUGACAACCACCACGAGGCAGGAGAUCGUGACUUCCUACAAGCCUUAUAG